AUGGCCGUCGGUCACACCUUUAGUUUUAAGCUCUUAAAGAUUUUUAUAAUUUUAGCCUUACUUGAUUGUAAGACUUAUUAUUCUACUAGACCUUAUAUUGUUCCUAAGGACUCUUACUCAAAGGAUAUCCAUCGACUGAACGCUGAUGGAUUGUUAUUUGGAUUAUUUUCAUGUGAAUAUAUACUGCCUGCUGCUGCUUGUGUUGUUAUCAGGAGAGUUGAUUUGGAAUCUCACUUUGCUGUGUCGUUUGUCCUAACCAAGCAGACUAAACAUGGAACUACAUGCUUGGCGCUUCCAUCCAGGCCUUUUGUCAUCGAUCUUACGGUUCACGUUGACAUAUCACCGAAUCCAGGACCAGAUGCUCAGUGCAAAUCAGAAUACGGCAAAUCAGAUGACAAACUUUUGUCUUGUGCAACAGUAGCGGCAUUACGCUCGAUACGAUAUUCGCGAACAGAUUUACUAUCACCAAAGUGGUUGGUCCACAAUAGUCUGCCGUAUAUAUCUACUACGUUUUCAAGAAGUUUCGAACAGUUUCAGAUGAGUGGUAUGAAUUUAGGAAAGGGUCAAAGAAAUCCUACAAGGCAUCACCAGAAAAUUACUAGCCACUCGGUUUUGAAUACUAAUGAGCAUUGGACAAAUGGGCAACAAUACCCCAUUCAAACAAGGAUAACAACACAGUCACGAAAUAUAUGUCCAUAUUAUAAACGCCCUGAGCGGAAUAACCUGAUUAAAAUCGCCUGUACGCGUAUGGUCCCAUCCUUUAAGCCAAGCUUAGCCACUCAUUUUUGUCUACUAAAUACAAGAUCGCUUAAAAAUAAAGGGGCACUUGUACAUGAUUACAUCAUAGAUCGCAAAGUGGAUAUUUUAGCUUUAACAGAAACUUGGCUCUCUCCUGGAAAUGUCAAUGAAUUUGAAAUAAACGAGACUACUCCAAAUGGUUAUGCAUUUUUACACGUCCCAAGACAUACUCAUGGUGGUGGAGUCGCUGUAGUUUAUAGAAAGUCCCUGCAUCUCAAGCAAAAUCCUACAUAUGACAAGUUUAAAUCAUUUGAACAUAUGGACUUAACCGUGAAGUCCGCAUCGAAAUCUUUAAGAAUUAUUGUUAUAUAUCGACCACCAACGUCAAAAAACAAUAAUUUAACCGAAUCCACCUUUUUUAGUGAAUUUUCUACUUUACUUGAAGAACUUGUACCUUAUUCUGGUACUGGUAGUGUCCUUAUCGCAGGAGACUUCAAUUUCCAUGUUAAUGACUCAAGUAAUGCAUCUGCGAAGAAGUUCCUCAAUUUAUUGACAUCAUUUGACUACAGAAACCACGUACUUACUGCUACUCACAAAAAAGGCCACACACUGGAUCUAUUACUAACACGAUCUGACGACAAAUUUGUAUCAAAUAUAGAUGUCAUUGACCCUGAAAUCUCUGACCACUAGGCGGUGAACUGCAAACUUUUGCUUGCUAAACCACCUUCCGUAAGGAAACAAGUGAGUUUCAGAAACACAAAAGCGACUAAUUUCGAUUUGUUUCGCACCGACAUAAAAAAUUCUAGUCUGCUUAAAACACCCAAUACAUCUACGCUUGCCGAAUCUUAUCAAAACGUACUUUCUACAUUGCUGGAUACCUAUGCACCUGUUAAAACCAAGACAGUAACACUACGUCCUGCUACUCCUUGGUAUACACCUGAGAUUCAAGAACAGAAAAUCAGAAAGAGGCGCUUGGAACGUCGAUGGAGAACUACCAAGCUUACAGUGGAUAGAGAGGUGUACACCCAACAAUGUAUUGUUGUAAAUAGGACUAUCUUUGCAGCAAAAACCAACUACUACAAAGACAUGAUAAACGACUGUGGCUCGGACCAAGGAGAACUUUUCAAGAAAAUAGAUAGGAUGUUUAAAAUGCCAGUAGAAGGGAAAUACCCAUCAUGUGCUUCAUCUGAACAGCUUGCAAAUAACUUUGCAGAUUUUUUCGACAACAAGAUAGAUUCCAUCAAAAAGGAUUUGUCCAUAAAAUCUGCAAAUCUAUUAUGUUCUCAUAUCAUGGACACAACUUUAUUAUCAAAAGACACCAAACUUGAAUCAUUUGCGCCUACAACGACGGAGGAUUUGCUUGUGCUCACACGAAAACUGGUUAAAAAAUCAUGCAUACUUGACCCAAUCCCAGCGAAGGUACUAAUGGAAUGUUAUACUGAUUUAUUACCGGUUAUCACUAAAAUAACUAAUAUUUCACUGGAAACAGCCACUGUGCCAAACAAUUUAAAAUGUGCUGCUCUUGAUCCAAGACUUAAGAAAGAUAGUCUAAGCACUGACGAAUUUUCAAGUUUCCGGCCUAUUUCAAACCUUAAAUUUGUAUCAAAAUGCAUAGAGAAAGUGGUAGCAACUCAGUUGGAUCAACAUAUCACAAGUAAUAAUUUGGACGAACCCAUGCAAUCUGCGUUCAAGAAACACCAUAGUACCGAGACGGCAUUAAUAAAGGUUCAAAAUGACAUUCUACAAGCCAUUGAUAAUCAAAAUUCAGUGAUUUUAUUGCUGCUUGACAUUUCUGCCGCCUUCGAUACGAUUGAUCACGAAAUAUUAUUGUCCAGGCUAUCUUCUAGAUAUGGAAUCACUGGAAAGGCUCAUAAGUGGUUUGAAUCAUAUCUUAAUGAAAGAACAUUUACGGUGCAUAUCUCGGGUGGUCAAUCCACUAAACGCACUCUACGAUCUGGUGUUCCACAGGGUAGUAUUUUGGGGCCAAUGCUUUUUUCACUGUAUAUAGCACCAAUUGGAGACCUUAUGAGAUCAUUGGGCAUCGACUUCCAUCUUUAUGCCGAUGACACGCAAUUAUAUGUUACUUUCAAAUCAAGUAAUCCAGACGAUCUGAUAGUUGCAAAAACGAAGAUCGAAGAGUGUGUCCGUGAAUUAGAUGAAUGGUUGACCAUGAAUAAGCUAAAGUUAAACAGUGACAAGACGGAGAUACUGGUGUUUUCUGCUCGCCAUCGUCCAAGUCCAUCUUUGUCUUAUAUAAAUGUUUGUGAUGAUGUCAUUGGCCUCUCUACCAAGGCGAGAAAUAUUGGGAUUAUAAUGGACUCAAAUGUUACUAUGGAAUCACAAGUAUCAACCAUUUGCAAAUCUGGAUUUUAUUAUUUAAGGAAAAUCAGUAAAGUACGAAAAUAUCUCAGCCUUAAAUCUGCAGAGAUUUUAGUACAUGCUCUGGUUACAUCCCAACUUGAUUUUGGAAAUGCAUUGUUACACGGACUAUCGAACACUGCUCUUGAGCGAAUCCAGAAAGUUCAGAAUGCAGCAGCACGAAUUGUCACAUUAACGAGAUCACAUAACACCAGUGCUAUUCAAUCUACAUUGGCUGCCAAUCAAGGAAAGGAUUCAAUAUAAGAUACUAUUGAUCACUUUUAAGGCUUUAUCUGGACAAGCACCAGGAUACAUUUCUGACCUGUUGGAAGUUUAUGUGCCUAGGCGAAAUUUAAGAUCAUCAUCAGAUAGGAAAUUAGUAGUUCCAAAUUAUAACUUGGAAACCUAUGGUAGACGUUCCUUUAGGGUAUCUGCACCAAUAUUGUGGAAUAAUCUGCCUCAGAAUGUAAGACUAUGUGAAUCUAUAGGAUCUUUUAAAUCAGAAUUGAAAACACAUUUGUUCCGAAUUGUAUAUAAGGAUUUUAUUUAGAGUAAUUUUAACUAUUUUUAGAUCGAUUUUUAUAGUCUAUUUUACAAAACUUUAAAUUAA